AGCUGUGCGCUCCUCCCUGCUUUGAGUUGGGCUCAAAAAAGACACUCAACCAUGAUAUUAACAUAGGUUCUAAUGGGGAAGUCUCGCUUUCACUGGCUGUGCUUCCCUUUUCUGAGACUGACCAGCAGCUUUCGGAGGUGCCCUCUUUCCAAAAGGAGUUUGAUCAUUGCGAGCGCGUGUGUUGUCUAUCUAUUGUUGGUGGUAUCACAACUUGUAUACUCGCAGCAGCACCGGGACAAAAGGACUGACAAGUACCGACACACCCGUGGAUUAUAUCACUUGGAUAUCAGUGACUCAGACUCUGUGGAUUCGCAGAGCGUUGUGGUCCCGACACGGUCCAACGUGGUGUAUAUAACACUGAAGUCUAAACGCUUGAAACCAGCAAAUAUUCGGGGUACAAUCAGACCAAAGCUGAGGAAAAAAGUGAAACGGAAUAAGGAGGCUAAUUCUGCUUUUACGCAGAACAAACUUGCCACUUUGGAGCAGGACGCGGGCCAAAUUAAACGCGACUCUGCACCCAAGAACUCCUUGUGGGAAGCCAGGGAUAUUUAUCACAAAUCCUUGAAUACAAUCCAUAAAUCCCACAGAGAUGCACAGGCAGACUCUCACAUCAGCUCUAUCCGAAUUUACAGCCAGAGGGCACCGCCAUGGCUCAGCCCGCAGGACGUGAGAGCCAUGCGCUUUCUUGCGGACGCCGAAGUUUUGCGCAUCAGAGAAGUUUCUUACAGAGACUCUCAGUCGUUUCUGAUAUUUGAGGGCGAGAAGUCAGUUUCACCCAUCAACCAAAAACACUCACAGCUGAAGGACACAUGUGGUGGGCAGUGUGGAGUGAUCCACAGUCCCGUGGACACCACUGAGGUGUUUGCUUUCCAUCUGGACAGGGUGCUGGGGCUCAACAGGACAUUACCAGCAGUGAGCAGAAAGUUCAGCUUUUUACACGAUGGCCAGCCCUGUCCAGUGGUGUCAUGGGAUGCAUCCCUCUAUCCAGAGGGCCUCGCUGCAGGCCGGUCCAUGGUGAGGCUGACAUGGGGGGCGUACCAGAGCUCCCUGAAACAGAGGUGUUGGCAUAAAAACAUCAGCCCGAAGCCUGACUCCGGCUGCUCCACAGUUCAUCACUAUGAGUGGAGUAAACUGGCUCUGUUUGACUUCUUAUUACAGAUUCAUAACCGUCUGGAUCAGAGCUGCUGUGGGUUCAGGCCCAGGCUGGAGGAUGAGUGUGUGGUGCUCGGCCACCACGCUGACUGCAGGGACCAGAGCCACAUACAACUGACAAACAUCAUGCACAGGGGUCAUGACCCCAGACACCUGGUCUUCACCAACAACAAGGGAUUCUUCGACCGCAACGAGGACAACCUGGACUUCAGGCUCCUGGAAGGAAUCAAAGAGCUCCCAGAGCAGGCUGUAUCGGUGCUGAGGAGCAAGAGGCUGAGGGAGAAGCUCCUCCAGUCACUGUUCCUGGAUGAGACAUACUGGGAGAGCCAGGGCGGCCGGCAGGGCAUCGACAAGCUGAUUGAUGUGAUCGAGAGGCGGGCCAAGGUCCUCCUCACCUACAUCAAUGCUCAUGGAAUCAAAGUCAUCACGAUGAAUGUGUGAUGAGACUCACACCGGUCAGGAGGCCAAAUUAUGGAGACACAGAUGAAGUAAAUUAACAGCUUGAUCCUCUGUGGCUUCACUGUGUCCUGUUUGGAUUGUCCUUACAAGACACUGGAGCAUUAUCCACUCAAAAAACAACAUAUAAAGUACUCUAUAAAAAUAACAAUUAUCACAUUGAAUGAAGGACUUAUGAUAAAUUCCCCACUUUCCUUUCAAAGCAGCACAAGCUGUGUUGUUAGCUCUGUAACAGAAAGCCAUUCAAGUCAUUAACAUUUAAGGGAACCUGUUAUUUGCAUUAAAUACUGAGAGAGGCUUUAAUUUAACUCAUUUUGACAUUUAAAAUGAGCUUAUAGUUCUUUAUGUUUACUUCCUCCUGUCAAGUCUUUACUUCUUCCUCCCCCAGAGGUAAAUGCACUACCAUUAUAAUGUACAGAAUACUCUGCAUGCAGUUAUAUCUUUUGCUCCACCUAAGACCUUCCAGUAAGAGUAAUCUACAUUGUGUAUGAAUGGAAUGCACUAAAUGACAUGUUAUUUUCUUUUCUGCUGCUCAAGUGUGUGGCAGGAAUUAAGAUGCUGAUAAAGCCUUGUAGCGAACAAGCCGCAACCCAGAUUCAGUUGGCACACUGGCACGUUAUACACUGAAAGAAAAAGAAAAUCUAUUUUAAUGAGUUAUUUAAUCUUGCGUACAGUCUUAAAUGAUUUUCUUUCUCUUACAAAAUUCCCGAGGAGUCAAAGAAGCUUUUAGUUGUUUAAGAUUCGAUACAACAUUAGUUAUUAUCAUGAUGAUUGUAUAACGGGAAGACCUGUACUUUAAGUCCGAUGACCCGCUUUUAUGUGCACUCUUAUUUUCAAUUUGUCAACAAAAACACCUUUAGCUGUAUCUGUUUUCACUGUAUUUAUUUAUUUUUGUACUUUCUGCUUUAAUUGUUGAAGAUUUUCAAGCAUCAGAUGGUCAAUAAAAGCCUUUAUAUGUCA